CGACCUGCUGAAGCAACAUCAGCACUCAGCACUCGGAACUAAGCAUCCACAGACUGCGACACAUCAUGGUUCAAACUGAACAGAUCACUUUCUACUCUCACAUCUACUCUCCUUAUGGCCAAAGGGUCCACAUUGCCCUUGAGGAGGCAAACGCCGCAUACACCUUCCACUCUAUCGACUUGAUGAACAAGCCUGCGUUUUACACUAAGGAGGUCAACCCGGUUGGCAAGAUCCCUGCCAUCACCUAUGGUGGCCCCAAAGUCGAUCCAGAGCAGCCCUCUCCUGAGUCCACCAAGCUCAGGGAGUCUGGUGUCAUCUUGGAGUUCCUCGCCGACCUCUUCCCAGAUUCCGGUCUGCUGCCCAAGGACCCUGUCCUCCGUGCUAAAGCUCGCCUCUUUAUCACCGUCGUCGACGGCCAGCCCUUUGAAGGCUUCAAAGGAUAUUUCUUCAUGCGCGAGCCCGCCACCAAGCUCAUUGACGGUCUAGACGCACUCCAGAAGCAGCUCCCGGCCACUGGCUUUGCUGUCGGAGAGAAGUGGACCAUCGCCGAUAUAGCUAUCGCGCCUUUCCUGGCCCGCAUAUUUUUGUUGCUCGAGAACGAUUUGGGUGUUUAUCCUGCCGGCGAUGGCAAGAAGACUCUCGAGAUCCUGCGCGGCGAGAAGUUCGCUCGCCUCAACAAAUAUUAUGAAGACGUCAAGGCCCAGUCAAGCUUCAAGGCCACUUGGGAUGAGGAUACCCAAACUACCAUUUGGAAGAGCAACCCCAUGUUCAAGCGCGAGUGAAAUGUUUUCCGUCGUGAGAAAGGAUGUGGCAUCAUCCCGUGGUUGUCAUGUAAAGUACAGAUAGGCUGGGAGACCAAAGAGUGAGGUUCGUGUGAAAUGCGG